ACAGGGGAAACAGGGCAGGGUGUGCCUGCACAUGCGAGCCACCUCGCAGCCUGCGCGGUGCUCUUUUCCUUUUCAGCGAUGAGCCGACGCGCCGAUGCGAGGCUUUGACUCAGAGAGUGACACUUGUGUUUCCUGUGGGUGUUGCUGUACUGACAGCAGCAGUGUUGCUCAACUUUAAGAAGUACGGGGGCCGGAAUCAUCGCGCUGAGACGGAAUGCAAGGAUUUUGUGGCUUUUCUUCCCGUGUUUUCCCAUCGGAACAUUGUCGUGACUUUGGCCAGUCUUCAGCGGCCAUCAGCGUCAUCGGGUGUUUUUCUAAGGGUAACAGGAAAUAUGUUGCAUGAUGUGGAGUUGCGUUUCUGCCUCUAAUAAACUGUUUACCUGCGUGGAAACAAGGUUGCAUGUUGUGUCUGUGCAGAGACUUCCAUGAGUAGCCGUCGUGCGUAACGCUGGCUCUCCAUGGAGGGCAGCUGGAGAAGCCGCUCAUUGCGACCCACACUUCAAUAGAGCGAGCAAAACUUGGAACAAGAUGAGUCAAGAGCAGGACGGCAUAUCUUUACCGGUACCUUGCCUUGGUACUAGUCCCGGCAGAGAGACCUUCAGUGGGGAAAAUUCCAACAGCAACACCGGAGGCGGCGGAAUCCCCGCAGCCGGAACUUUCUGGCAGGAUCCACUAGUUGGAGGCGGCGAGCUCAGCCCUACCCCCGGGGGCUGCCCGAUGGAUGGCGGAGGCUUGCUGUCCACCAGCAACUCAAGUAAAUGCAGGCCGGUAACGGUGGCUUAUGUGAUGAAUGGAGAAGUGAGCCCGCAGAACAACGCAGAAAACAUGGCCCUGCAGUGCCUCAAAGACGCCUGCGAUACGGUGGGCAGCAAACUGGACACCGUAAACUUUGGUAAAUUGGACUUUGGGGAGACCACGGUGCUGGAUCGCUUUUACAACGCAGAUAUAGCUGUGGUGGAAAUGACAGAUGCCUUCCGCCAACCCUCGCUCUUCUACCACCUGGGAGUCAGAGAGAGCUUCAGCAUGGCCAACAACAUCAUCCUGUAUUGUGACACAAACCCCGACUCCCUCCAGUCCCUACAGGAAAUAAUUUGCCAGAAGAACACUACGUGCUCGGCUAACUACACCUUCAUCCCGUACAUGGUUACACCCCACAACAAGGUGUAUUGUUGUGAGAGCAGCCUAAUGAAGGGCCUGACUGAGCUGAUGCAGCCCAGCUUCGAGAUGCUGCUGGGGCCCAUCUGCAUGCCCCUGCUGGACCGCUUCAUCCAGCUGCUCAAGGUGUCAGAAGCCAACUCCCACCAAUAUUUCCGUGAGAUGAUUCUGAAUGAGAUUCGGAAAGCUCGGGAACUUUAUACUGGCAAAGAGCUGGCUGCGGAGCUGAGCCGAAUCCAGCAGCGGCUGGACAAUGUGGAGUGCCUUUCGGUGGAUGUUGUCAUCAACCUGUUGCUGACGUACAGGGACAUCCAGGAUUAUGAGUCAGUUGUGAAACUGGUUGAGACUCUGGAGAAGCUCCCAACCUUUGACCCCAUGGCUCAUCCCCAUGUGAAGUUCCACUACGCCUUUGCACUGAACCGGAGGAACCUGCCAGGUGACAGGCAGAAAGCUCUGGACAUAAUGCUGCCCCUAGUGGAUGAGGAGCAGCAGGUAGCCUCGGACAUCUACUGCCUGGUGGGACGGAUCUACAAGGACAUGUACCUGGACUCUCACUUCACUGACACGCAGAGCAGAGACAGCAGCACACUCUGGUUUAAAAAGGGGUUUGAGUCAGAGCCAACACUACAUUCUGGUAUCAACUAUGCUGUUCUCCUGCUGGCAGCUGGACACCAGUUUGACACUUCUUUCGAGCUUCGCAAAGUGGGGGUUAAGCUGAGCAGCCUGUUAGGUAAAAAAGGCAGCCUGGACAAGCUGCAGAGUUACUGGGAUGUGGGCUUCUUCUUGGGUGCUAGCAUACUGGCCUGUGACAACACAAGGGUCAUCCAGGCUUCUGAGAAACUCUUCAAGCUCAAAGCCCCCAUCUGGUAUCUGCGCUCAGUUGUGGAAACCAUUUUGAUCUACCAGCAUUUCAAAAAGCCAAGCGUGGAGCCGCCGUCCCCCAAACAGGACCUGGUGGACUUUUGGAUGGACUUCUUGGUGGAGGCAACCAAAACAGAUGUCUCCUCUGUGCGAUUCCCUGUGUUGAUUUUGGAGCCUACUAAAGUGUACCAGCCUUCAUAUUUGUCCAUAAACAAAGACGUGGAUGAGAACACUGUGUCUAUCUGGCAUGUUGCUCCUGAUGACAAGAACAAGGGGAUACAUGAGUGGAACUUCAGUGCCACAUCUGUUCGAGGUGUCAGCAUCUCCAAGUUUGACGAACGCAGUGCCUUUCUCUACGUCCUUCACAAUGCGGAGGAUUUCCAGAUCUAUUUCUGUACAGAGAUGCACUGUAAAAGAUUCUGUGAUCUGGUGAACAGUAUAACAGAAGAAGCCUGGAAAGGUCCAGAAGAAGGAGAUUGUGACACUGAUGCCUUAGAGUAUGACUACGAAUAUGAUGAAAAUGGAGAGAGGGUGAUUCUUGGAAAAGGCACCUUUGGGGUGGUGUACGCAGGCCGGGAUCUCAGCAACCAGGUUCGACUGGCCAUCAAAGAAAUACCCGAACGAGACAGCAGGUACUCUCAGCCACUGCACGAGGAGAUUGCCCUCCACAAGCACUUAAAGCACAAGAACAUCGUCCAGUACUUGGGCUCUAUCAGUGAAAAUGGCUUCAUCAAGAUCUUCAUGGAGCAGGUGCCUGGAGGAAGUCUGUCUGCACUGCUGAGGUCCAAGUGGGGCCCUCUGAAAAACAAUGAGCCCACCAUCGGUUUCUACACGAGGCAGAUCCUGGAGGGGCUCAAAUACCUUCAUGACAACCAGAUAGCACACAGAGACAUCAAGGGUGAUAACGUGCUGAUUAACACUUACAGUGGCGUCCUGAAGAUCUCAGAUUUUGGUACAUCCAAAAGGUUGGCUGGAAUCAACCCCUGCACCGAAACCUUCACAGGCACAUUGCAGUACAUGGCUCCUGAAAUAAUAGACAAGGGACCCCGCGGAUAUGGUAAACCAGCAGAUAUCUGGUCCCUGGGCUGUACCAUCAUAGAAAUGGCCACUGGUAAACCACCUUUUUAUGAACUUGGAGAACCACAAGCUGCGAUGUUCAAGGUUGGUAUGUUUAAGAUCCAUCCAGAAAUCCCAGAGUCCAUGUCACCAGAGGCCAAAGCCUUCAUCCUGCGCUGCUUUGAGCCUGAUCCAGAUCGGCGUGCCACUGCCUUUGACCUGCUCACUGAUGAGUUCCUCACUGUCACCAGCCGCAAGAGGAAGAGCAAAAGCAGCCUCACAGCUCUAUCAUCGGGGUCAGAGUACAUCCGCAGUAUCUCCCUGCCAGUGCCAGUGGUGGUGGAGGACACCAGCAGCAGCAGUGAGUACGGCUCCGUCUCCCCUGACAACGACCUCAACACCAACCCCUUCAUCUUCAAGCCCAGUGUCAAGUGCUAUAGUGAGAAGGAUGUCAAGGGGCCGAGGUCCCUGUUUCUCAGCAUUCCAGUGGAAAACUUUGAGGACCACAGUGCUCCUCCAUCUCCAGAAGAAAAAGACUCUGGAUUCUUCAUGCUUCGGAAGGACAGUGAGAGGCGAGCUACGCUUCACCGUAUCCUGACUGAGGAUAAGGACAAGGUGGUGGCCAACCUGAUGGAGGCUCUCACACAGGGCUCUGAGGAAAUGAAACUGAAACCUCAGCACAUCUCCACCCUUGUAGUGAGUCUGGCAGAUUUUGUGCGUAUGGCCGACAGGAAAAUCAUUGCCAACACCCUGUCUCAACUUAAGCUGGAGCUGGACUUUGACAGCACAGCUAUCAGUCAGCUGCAGGUCGUGCUGUUCAGCUUCCAGGAUGCUGUAAACAAGGUGUUGCGAAACCACAACAUCAAGCCUCACUGGAUGUUUGCGCUGGACAACAUCAUCCGCAAAGCUGUUCAGACCGCCAUCACAAUCCUGGUGCCAGAGCUGAGGCCUCACUUCAGUCUGGCCUCAGAAAGUGAUCCGGCCGAUCAAGAUGAUGUUGAUGACGACACUGAGCCGGGACGAAACUCCACCCACCAGAGUCGAGCACCUGCCGUCAAUGCUCACGAUGACACCGUGGCCACCUCGGGCGUCAGCACGCUCAGCUCCACCGUCUCCCAUGAAUCCCACAACGCUCAGCGCUCUGUGAGCAUGGAGCUGGGCAGGAUGAAGCUGGAGACCAGCAGGCUACUGGAGGAGCUGUUGGAGAAAGAGAGAGAGUAUCAGGCUAUCCUGCAACAAGUGCUGGAAGAGAGAGAGCAAGAGAUCAGACUACUGAAGCUGCGAUCUGAGCCUGCAGACACUCCCUCGUCGUCAGAUGGGCUGCAGAAACAGAGAAGUCAGCCUGCACAGAGACAUGAAGACCCAGAGCUGAGCAGCUGGUUGAGGCUUUAUGGUGCUGACCAAGACUCCAUAGACAGGAUACUGAAUGAGGAAUACACAUUGAACGACAUCCUCCAUGAUGUAACAAGAGAUGAUCUGAAAAGUCUAAGACUGAGAGGAGGCGUCUUGUGCAAACUAUGGAAGGCCAUCACAGACUACAGGCAGAAGCCAGCCUGAGGCCUUAAGUGGAAAUAACCACUCAGAAAAGCCAACAACUCAGCAUUCUCCUCUUUACCUCAGUAUUUAUAGGAACAAGUCUUUUAGGAGAAUAUCUCGUGCUCACUUUCCAACCACAUUCUAAUCUCCUGGAGUAUUUUAUAAAAUUUGAAUUAAGGAUUUUAGGUAAUUUUGCAAGCAGGAAUUACAAAGAAGUGCCACUAGUUUUAUUAUGCCUGAUGGAUACAACACAGUUUUUGUUACAGGUGCAUUUAAAAGUACAUUUGAUGGAAAAAUCUUUUAUUAAAACCUUGAGAACUAUCAAAAAUAUUUUCUUGUGUCUUUAAAAGAUACAAUGUUUACAAAAACUAGAGACUGACCAUUUUCUAAUAUAAGCCUGAGAUACAAAAUACUACAUUCAGCAUCGGCUGUACCUUUUUUUUGCCACAGGCUGUUAUCACUACUUUAUUUUAAUGUAUUUUAAUUUAAUUAUUAUAACCUGAAUGAUGUCAGUGCAUGCAUUCUUUUUGUUUUAUCCAAACUGAGAUUUAUUUAAAUAUUUUCCCCCGCAUUUCCUUUUACAAAAUGAAUUAUCAUUUUUUUUUCUGAGAAUAUUUCUUAUGUAAAUAUUGUGUUAUAAAAUUCUAUGUGAGAGACAUUUACAGUCAUGUGAAAAAGAAAGUACCACUUUUUCUAACUCUAAGGUUUUAUGUAUCUGGAUAAAAUAGAAAAGUAAUAUGGUCCAAAACAGGUUUUAAAUGUAAAUACAGAUUAACAACAACAUAACGUGUUACACUAUUGUUAUUUAAGCCUAACUGUAGAAGCAGUGUGUGAAAAACAGAAGUUCCCACCCCAUGAUUCAGUAGCUUGUCAGCAAUAACUUAGAAGUAAUCAUUUUAUGUUUAAUGUUAUCAGUUUCCCAUCAUUGUGAAGGAAUUUUGUCCCACUCUUCCUUACAACAGCUAAGCUUUAGCUGUUAGACAGGUGGUCUCACAUUUGAUGGAUCAGUGGUUGCAAGGUUAACAGGUCCUGUGGCUGCAAAACAAACCCAAAUCAUCACCACCUGACAGUUUAUUUAAGGUGUUUGUGCUGAUUUGCUGCUUUGGUUUUCUCAGAACAUGCAGCUGUGCAUCAAUCCUUCAAUGUCUGACACAAGAAAUAUUUAAAAUAAUCAUUUUUAAAAUCUGAAGUCUUUAUUUGGUCCCUUAACAACAUGUGAAAAAUAAAUAAAUAAAUAAAAAUAACAUAAAAAUGACAUAUAGGUUUAGUACUUGCAUUGUGUGAUAUUUCAGAAUUAUUGUAGUGCAAAAGGUCUCCACCAGGGGGCAGAAGACAUCAGAUUUUACACAACUGGGUUUUUGAGCAAAGUUUUUACAAUAUAGUGAUGCAAUAGGUCUCAGAAAAGUAUGGAAUAAAAAUUAUACCCAACGCAUUAUGAGGUUAACAUCUCCACUUUGGUUUUGUCUGUUCAAAGGAAUCUAGAAAUAUUGUGGUUUGUUCAGAUGAAAUUUUGCAAACCAAAGCCAUCCUGCCAUGUUCUUUUUAGAGAGAAGAGGUCCACUCCUUGGGAAGAUUAUCAACUAAAUGUUUUCUACUUCUAAAAAUCCUUGUCUGCAGAAUGAUGCAGUAUAAAUUGUUUGAAAACUAUCUUAAAGCACUUUCCACAUUUAUACAAUUUCUUAUUACCGCCUCUUAGCAAUGCCAGGGUGCUACCUGCCCUUAAUUCCCAUGGAAGCAGUAAGGAUGUCCUUAGUUUUCCACACCAUGUUUCUACAGUUUAGCUUAGUUUUU